AUGAUAAAGCGUAAAACCUCGACAGCGACAAAAGAGUUAUUAAGGUUGGAAACUGAGACUAUGGACGGGGAGUGGCUCAGAGCUAUGAGUAGCGAGACAUAUACAGUUGGUCAAGGUUUACACCUGUGUCGGGCGAGCGUUCAAAAUGGAAUAAGAUGUCCUCCAUCUCUUGUCAAUAUCUACAAAGCGCUGAAAACUGACAUCCCAUCAUUCAAAAUACCAGAUCACGGAUACCUCGAGAAUUGGGCAAAAGAAGGUGUUUUGCUGUUGACAGUUCGUGCUCAUAACGUGGCAAGUCAUAGUGGCAAAGGCCGGGAGAAAUUUACUGAUGCGAUAAUUCAAUACCUUAAUGAAAGAAAAAUGGCUUAG